AUGGCCAUGAGGAAGGGUAAGACUCUUAGGACCUACUCGGACAGGUAUUGGGAAAUGUACAAUGAAAUAGAUGGAAAUUUUGAAGAUGCAGCAGUGAGAACAUUUAAAGUGGGGCUCCCGACGGAACAUGAAUUGCGGAAAUCAUUGAUAAUGAAGCCUGCCCUUAGUAUGCGCCAACUUAUAAAUCGCAUUGGUAAGUAUAAGAGAGUAGAGGAAGAUCAAACCCUAAGGAAGGGCAAAGCUAAGGUUUUCCCAGAGAAAAAGGAUCCUCAACAAGGAGGAUAUCAUAAUAACUGCCCUAGGAGAGAUUUCUCCAAUCAGACAUCAUCUGUGGGGGCUCAAGUGAUUAAUUCAUUAUUUAAAGAGCCAGUCUAUCAGAUACUAAAAAAGAUAAAGAAUGAACCAUAUUUCAGAUGGCCCAAUAAGAUGGGUGGGGAUCCUUCCAAGAGGAACUAG